GGAACGGAGCCGCCUCAGCUUCCCGGGCGGCACCGGGGCCCUGGGGCGGCCCGUGCCCAUGAACCUCUUCGCUACCUGGGAGAUUGACGGUUCCAGCCCGAGCUGCGUGCCCAGGGAAAUAUUUCUUCAACGAUGUGAAUUUGACUGCCUCUGUGCUGACUAUCAUGACAAACUAUGGCCUGGGAGACUUCUUGUAAAUUGCAUGCAAAAUCUUAAAGCGGGAGGCAUUAUUCUACUGUUUGUAAGAUGUGAAAAGGUUGUGCAGCUUGACAUUAAAGAAACUGGUAGUCUUAAAGGAAUUGGAUAAGGAGCUUAUUUCUGGGGUCAUUGCUGUCAAAAUGCAGGGCUCCAAGCGCAUCCUGAGGUCUCAUGAGAUUGUAUUGCCCCCGAGUGGACACGUGGAGACGGAGCUUGCGCUGACCUUCUCGCUGCAGUACCCUCACUUCUUGAAGAGAGAAGGCAACAAGCUCCAGAUCAUGCUGCAACGGCGGAAACGGUACAAGAACCGAACCAUUUUAGGCUACAAGACACUGGCUGUGGGGUCUAUCAACAUGGCUGAGGUCAUGCAGCACCCAACAGAAGGUGGCCAGGUCCUGAGCCUUUUCAGCAACAUCAAAGAGGCUGCAGUGAAGGUAGCAGAAAUAUGGAUUUUCUCCUUGUCAAGUCAGCCAAUUGACCAUGAAGACAGCACUAUGCAGGCCAGCCAGAAAAUCAAGUCUACAGACAACUAUUCCGAGGAAGAGUACGAGAGCUUCUCUUCUGAGCAGGAGGCCAGUGAUGAUGCCGUGCAGGGCCAGGAUUUGGAUGAUGAUGAGUACGAGCUGGGGAAGCCCAAGAAGCAGCGGAGAUCGAUAGUAAGAACGACGUCCAUAACCAGGCAACAAAACUUCAAACAGAAGGUUGUGGCAUUGCUGAAGAGGUUUAAAGUGUCUGAUGAGGUUCUGGAUUCAGAGCAGGACCCAGCAGAGCACGUUCCAGAGGUGGAGGAGGACUUGGACCUUCUGUAUGACACACUGGAUAUAGAGAACCCCAGUGACAGUGGGCCAGAAAUGGAGGAUGAUGACAGUGUCUUGAGCACUCCGAAGCCAAAGUUAAAACCAUAUUUUGAAGGACUGUCACACUCCAGCUCUCAGACAGAAAUUGGUAGCAUCCACAGCAUCAGGAGCCAGAGAGAGCCAUCAAGUCCUCAGGUAGAAGUGCCUGAAAAGACAAAGAGUCUUGGAACCAAACAUGCAGGCGACAGUAUUUCUGACAUUGUCUCUUAUGAGUCUAACCAGCAAGCUGAGGUCCAGGAAGCUGAGCUUCCCACACCAGAUGUGUUUGUCGAGAAGCUCCCACCCAGCGGGAAGAUCACUAAGACGGAGUCCCUCAUUAUCCCAUCCACCAGCAGGUCUGAAGGGAAGCAGACGGGACGUCGGGGAAGGAGCACAUCUCUGAAGGAGAGGCAGCCAGUGAGGCCACAGAACGAGCGAGCGAACAGUCUGGACAAUGAACGCUCUCCAGACACCCGGCACCACUUACAGAUCCCCAGGAAAACAGUGUAUGACCAACUAAAUCACAUCCUGGUUUCCGAUGACCAGCUGCCAGAAAACAUUAUUCUUGUCAAUACUUCUGACUGGCAAGGCCAGUACCUAUCAGAUGUCUUGCAAAAGCAUACCUUGCCAGUGGUCUGCACAUGCUCUUCAGCUGAUAUUCAGGCAGCUUUCAGCACUAUUGUCUCCAGGAUACAGAGAUACUGUAACUGCAAUUCGCAGCCUCCAAACCCAAUUAAAAUUGCAGUGGCCGGAGCCCAGAAUUACCUCAGUGCUGUAUUGAGGCUCUUUGUAGAGCAGCUGUCUCACAAAACCCCAGACUGGCUUGGCUACAUGAGAUUUUUGAUCAUCCCUCUAGGCUCCCAUCCAGUGGCCAAGUAUCUGGGGUCUGUAGAUUAUAGAUACAACAACUUCUUCCAAGAUCUAGCCUGGAGAGAUCUGUUCAACAAACUUGAAGCACAGACCACUGUUCCAGAAGCGCCUGACGUUGUCUCCCGGAUAACGCAGUAUAUAGCAGGGGCAAACUGUGCGCACCAGUUGCCCAUUGCUGAAGCGAUGCUGACGUACAAGCAGAAAAGGAAAAAGAGCUUUCAUUUUGAUUUUACCAUAAGCCCUGACGAAGAAUCUUCACAGAAGUUCAUUCCCUUUGUCGGGGUGGUGAAGGUUGGAAUAGUGGAACAAUCUUCUGCAACAUCAGGUGACUCUGAUGACGCAGCUCCCUCAAGCUCCAGUGUCCUUUCUUCUACCCCACCUUCUGUGUCUCCUGCUGUGAAAGAAGCCUCCCCCACACCACCUUCCUCACCGUCUGUCACAGGCAGCUUCACGUCCUCGAGCCAGAGCCUUGGUGCUGAGUUGAUGGGCCUGCAGGUGGAUUACUGGAUUGCAGCUCCACCCAUGGACAGAAAGAGAGACCCAGAGAAGAAGGACCCCUCCACUACCAAAAACACACUGAAAUGCACUUUCCGGUCCCUCCAGGUCAGCAGGUUACCUGCCAGCGGUGAGAUUGCCACCACUCCAACGAUGUCCAUGACCGUUGUGACAAAAGAGAAGAACAAGAAAGUGAUGUUUUUGCCCAAGAAAACAAAAGACAAGGAGGUUGAGUCAAAGAGCCAGUGCAUUGAAGGAAUCAGCAGGUUGAUUUGCACAGCGAAGCAUCAGCAGAACAUGCUGCGCGUCCUGAUCGAUGGGGUGGAGUGGAACGAUGUCAAAUUCUUUCAGCUGGCAGCACAGUGGUCCUCCCAUGUCAAGCACUUUCCCAUCUGCAUAUUUGGACACUCCAAAUCUAACUUCUAGCCGUGCUCGGCGGAGGGACCUUCUGUCCGUCCCGGGGACUGCACACCAGGAGCCAGGAACUGCGUGCCAACUCUGACUCGCAUCGCUCUGCCCUCUCCUGCAGAAUUAAUUACAGAUGUGCUUGGAUUACUUUUGAAUUACUUUUUUCUAUUAACUCUUAAGUUUACUACAAGGGAAGGAAACCCCUUUAAACAAAGGCAAAAAAAAAAAAAAAAAACGUCUUAAAUAUAGAUGUGCUGACAACAUGAAGUCGUGGGGGAGUUGGCAGGAGCAGGCAACCUGCCCAAGAACACCUACCACUUACGAGCAGAUAGAUGAAUAACUGCACUGCUUAUUAACCUGAGACCUCAUUGGUGUGAGUGGGCUGGGGGAGCCGUGGAUCAGCUCAAACGGAUUUUGCGGAAGAUCACGCGCAUUACGGUGCAUUUGGCCCCCUCCCUCUGUAUUUCUAGGAGAAAAAAGACGGCCAGUCUUUCUUCCUGCUGCCAAAGGACGAGAGAUCAGCGAGUCUGGAGGGAGUUCAACUGUCCAGUUUGAAAAACAAACCACUUGCGUAGCUAGGGAGGUCUGGAGAGGAGAUCCGCUCCUGAGCGUGGAGUGCGCCCCAGGGGACGGGCCGGUGUUUGUGCUGAAGUGAUGCCCGAGGAGGGUUGGGCAGGAACAGGAAUUGGGGAAACACUAGGUGUAAGGAAACUCCAGUGUCCCAGGUCUGUGACAAUGACCAAACCGAGCCAGUCACAAUAUCCCCGCAGCUGGCUGCGCUGCUGAGGGACGCCGCGUCAGUGGGGUCGCUGCUAUUUACAUACUCACACCGAUUAUUUACCUGUCAGUAAAACCUCGUCCAGCCUCUAAAGGGAAAGGGUUUUUUUUAACAGCUGCAGAUUUUUUUUAAUGCUUUCUAAAAAAAAAAAAAAUAUAUAUAUAUAUAUAAAAUAAAAUAAAAACAAAAUGUAAGAGGAAAAAAAAAAAAUUCAGUUGCCAAAAACACAAACCCAGGAAGAUGAGCCGUUGCCUGUGAAGAGAUACAUCACUGUAGUGGCUGGACUGGGAGCCAGCCAGGCGCUCUGCGUGUCCAGCUGCCUUCCUGUCCAUCUGUCAAACCGCACACGUGAGGUAGCGUGGGCUGCUUUAGCUGCUGCCUUUGUCCUGCCCUGACCGUGCUGGGCUCCCCAGAGCCUGCUGCCGUCUCCCUCGUGCACCUCCCCGGGCUGGGUGCACACCGCCUGGCUUCAGGAGCGCGUUUUGGCCGUGCCCUUGAACCACCUCGCCUCAACAGGGUCUGAGAGACUGUAACAAAAAUGAAGGGUGCUGGGGGUAGGCAGCCCCUCGCAGGUUGCUCUGUAGAUGGAUGUUGCCCUUCUGCUUCCUGAGUGUUCCUCCCCACAGGCAUUUCUCGGUGGAUUUCAUCCCUUCCCCAGCAGGAUUUGCUUUUGCCCUGGCGCAGCGCUGCCUGUGGGUUCAGGCUUUGCUAGGGAUUUCAGACCCAAAGUGCGGUGCAAGCUGUAGCUGGGACAUGAGAGAGGAUUGAGCCAGCCGGGUCCUCUGUCCACCUCGGGCAGCAAAGACGCCCUGUGAGAUGGGCGAGUGAGAUCUUUGGGUGUCUCGCACUCGUUGGCUUGGCUCUGGCUGCACUGGUGUUCCCUUUGAACACCUCACUGCCGCCGGGGGCACGCGGGGUGCCACGACAAGGGCGUGCUCUUACAAGGAGGCAGCGUGACAAGCGGUGGCUCUGGGUGCUGCAGAUGUGGCCUUUCGCUUUCCAGGCUUCCUGAGGCAUGCCUGGGAUCAGGUGGCAGACGAGAUUUGGGGAGCAGGGUGUGCUUGCUGUGUGGGAGAACAGAAAUCUCUGGCAUUUCAGGAUAAGGAACUGAAGUUUUUGAUGAGGUCCCUUUGGGUCCCACCCAUGUGGGCAGGUCAGGCUCUGUGAGUGUUUCCAGAAGGCACUUUCCGAGGGCAGUGAUGCUUUUGAAUUUUUUUUUUUUUGUCUGAUCCCUUACCCUUGGGUUUUUUAAAGGCUUGGGGAACCCGCUGUGCCCUGCUCGGCAGGGACUGCCCAGAUUCUUCUGGGCAGGGCAGUGGUGGGCUGCUCUGUUAGGCCUUUUCCUGCUGAUGGGGAGCGAGGGGUUACGAGGCGAGAGCAUGGUCCCUGCUGGAUCUAGUGCCUGUCGCAGCUCACAGCAUGGGCUGCUUCACCAACUCCAAUUUCACUAAACCCUUUCCCAGCACUCGCGCAACCUACUUGGCCAGGGACUGGGUAUUCCCUUCAAACCACGCAGGGGAGGAUGACAUGGUCCCACAGCCGGGGGGCACGCUGCUGGGCAGGACAUAUUGUCUAGUUGCAAUACUCUUGUUUCUUCCCGCAGUCCUGCGGGCAGGUCUGCCUGCCGUCUGCUAGCUCUUGGCUGUGGCAGAAGCUCAGCUGUAGUUCGAAUGUCGUCGUGUCCGUCAGCUCGUGCGUUUUCGGUUGACCUGAGCUGAUGUUCUGGGACUGUAUAGCGUUGCCUAGCAGCAGUAGCGUGGGAGAUGGUGUAUAAGCACAUCACUUCUUUUUCUUUAUUGAGGCUGUUGCGUAAAAAAAAAAAAAAAAAAAAAAAAAAAAGAAAAGGCUUUUUAAAGGAAAUUAGUCAAUGUGUGAUUUCUUCCUCGAGUCUCACGCUGGUGUGACAAGAGUGAUUGGGCUGGGUUCCAGCUUCAGGAGCCGCGAGCAGCCUGGGCAAUUCUCGGUGCCGGAGUGUGUUAUUGCUGCAGAGGUGGGGUGGACUGAGCGACUGCAAUAACUUUGUUUACUCGGGGGGGUGAGGGGGGAACCAUCACUGUGCUCCUCUUUGUAUUUCAACCUACUGUAAAGAAACAAACGGUAGCUAGGACAGGAUUUCCAGGGUCCUGCCUAUCAAAUGUGUGUUGCCCUGCUCUACUGUGUAUGUGUGUGUAUGUGUGAGAGAAACAAUUCUGCUCGUUGCAUUUCACGUUGGUUUGUGUUUUGUUCUGGCUUUAUACAAGCGAAUUCACCAGGAAACUCUCUGUACACCUGAGACCCGAGGGCCUGCUUCUCCGCAGGGUUUUUCCCCGGUGGAAAGCUGCUGUUGCUGUGAAAUGCCUCUUCCGUGCAAGGAAACAUCCUGGCUUCUCAGCCUCGUCCUCCCGGAGCGUGGCAGUGGCAGGCCGUGUGCCCAGGGGGUGCCUGGGGUGUUUCCCAGCCUUGGAGGCAAGGGCUGGCACGCGAGUUUGGUGGUGCUGCUCUGGUCAGGGUGUUGUGCCUCUGUUGUUUUUCUCGUACUGCGUGGAGCCACUUUGUGCAGCUGUUUCUUUCCCUGACCGGAGGAGAAACCGGUUUCUGUGUCUAAGGAAAAUAAGUGUCAAAGCACGCGCGUGGCUCAGACCACUUUGGGAAGAGGCUUUGCACCCGGUGACGUGAGCGAGUGACUGAUCUCAGGUCUCUCACCCUCCCAGCUUCCCCAGCAGUUUCCUGAGGGACCCUGCUGCAAGCAAGCCCCGACGGCCAGAGGGAGAGCGGCCGGGGCGGCGGUGGGCCCGUGCCUGCGGAGCUGCACCGGCCUGGCGGGGUUCGGUGGUUGCGUGCAAGUCGGUGAGUGCCGAAGGAUGAUGGCUCAGGGCAGAGGCAGCGCCGCUCUGCGUCCGGUGCUUGAGAGUUUUGGCGAGGAAGGUGCGACUCGAGGGGACGCAGUGGCAUUAUCUCGCCUGCCUGCGUUAGGCAGGGCUCGCUUUGGAGCGGCGCGGUCGGGCAGUGGAGGCAGGGGCUGGAGCGGGCAGCACCCGAGCUGGUCGCUGGCCGGGAGGUGCUUUGAGGGCACUGUCCCCUGGUGUCCCUGUCCCUUUGUGUCCCAGAGCUCCCCACAGGGCUCACAUCUCCCACUCCCCUGCCUGUGGCUUCUCAAAGCAUCGGGUUUUUUGGGUGUUUUUUUUUUUUUUUCCAGCUGCUUUUGGGCAAAAGGCACCCGCCUCGCUCAGAGGUGAGGUGUGGGGAACGGGCUCACGGCUGGGCUGGGCUGUGCAACGCUGACCUAGUUUAGCAGCGCCGGCGAGCAGAUGAAAGAUGGAAGGUUUUUGUGGCGUCAUGUUGCACCUUGAGUGCUUCCUGGUCCUCUGGGUUGAGUUUCCUGGAGACAAAGGCUGGACCUGGGCCCUGCCAGUGUUCAGUCAGGGCUGGCUCUCCCGCGGCGCUGGCGACUUGGUGGACAUCUUGGGUGGCUGUUUGAGCUCAGCACUGCAGUUUCCAUCCAGUUCAGUUGUUACCGUUUACAUGUCAGUGGUAACUGCAGAGUGCUCCUUAAUUACAGAUGAGUUUGGGGAGAGCCGCUGUCUCUCUGGCUGUGUUUUGCUGCUUUAAUUAGCGUGUGCCUGUGGCUUUAUCCUGCAGAGAGGGCAGGGGUAGGUAGCUGGGAGGUUUCUAGGGCUGGAGGAGAUUGCGCCUGUUUCCUUUCCAUCACCAGAUUCAGCCGAAAACCACACUGCCCUGCGCUUAACCUGCAAUUGCAGCAAAGGCCCCGUUGUGUUUCUCACCGGCAGCGUAUGCUGAAGGGAGCACUUGAGAGCUGGGGUGGAGGGCACUGCGCUUGCCACCUCCAGGUUUAAGAAGAAAAUCCCAGCAAGGGGCAGCAGAGCUGGUGGCCUUCUCCUGCUGCUUGGUGCGCUGAGGGAUCGGGAAGGCUGGGAUUAGGGCAGUCCUGCCGUGCAGCGGUAAAGGGCUGGGAGCCCUGGAGCUUUCUUGAAGCUAGACUGGAUGCAGUGCCUCUGUCCCCUUGGUUCAGGGGGUCUCAAUCUCGGGGGGUAGCUGUGUGGUAGCGUUUCAGUGUGACACACCCUCUGGGCUUACCUAGCAGGGGGAAAGCCAGAAGCGAGCAGCAGCAUCUCCCAGAGGUUUCCUAGAGCUUCUUCAGCGGGGUUUUUUCAGGGGAGAUGCUCCUGGCAGGGCCGGCUCCUGCGGGCUCACUCAGCGGCUUUGGGACACACUUGGGGGAGCAGGGGACGUGCCAACUUGGAAAGCAGCAGGUCACUGGUUUCCUUAAGGAAGAGCACCGGGUUGGGGCCGCGUCCAGUCAGCUGCUGCUUUGCGCCCUGGCCGGAGGGUUGCGUACGUGCCGCGGGUGCGGGGAAGCACCCUGUGAGCUGGGGCACCAGCCUUGUCCGGACCGCGGCCUGCCAGGGGACGUUACCACUUUGUAGAUUCCUGAGUUGUCCAUCUGUUUCACUGUUGUAUUGUUUGGGUUCUCGGUUGGUUGUUUUGUUUUGUUUUGUUUUGUUUUGUUUUUUUAAUGAAGACAGAUUAAAUGUAAAUAGCCUUUUUUUGGAACAAACUGCAACGUGCUCGACCUCGUCAACUAUUUUAUGGUACUAAUGCAACACUAAUAAAACUGGACAUGAAAGCACA